AUGUCCUCGGAGAGAUGCUCCGCCAACAGCAGUCCGCUCUCCCGCGAGGGUCAGACACCGACCGCGCCGCCAGCUGGUCGGCAAGACCAUCAGCAUCGCCCUGCCCUUGCGGGACGGCGGACUGCUGUGUGGUUGACUCUCGCUCCGAUCCUCUUUGCGUACAGCAAACUUGUGUUGAUUGCCAUCCUCACGGUGAUCAUGCUUCCCGUCCUCGUCUUUGCGGUGCUGCUUCUCUGGGCGGUGGAGCUGGAGGACCCCGAGCGGGUGAGGUGGGUCCUUGGUCUGCCGAGGAAGUGGUGGGUUGCGGUGCAGCAAACAAUUGUCGACAUCCUCCGGCGAUACCUUGGCGGUCCAGCAGCACAUACCACUCCUACCCGCCCAGAGCAGCAGAGAGCGCUUCCGGCAAGAUCACCUUGGUCCAAAUCUGCUGAUAUGGCGGUCCCGACAACAACACAUUACUGGUGGGGUCGAUUGAAGAUUCACUUUGGCAGCAACGCUGCGAAGGAGGCGUUUCGGAAUAUCGUCAAAUCGAAGCCAAACCCAAUUUCCUGCCCGAACAGAACAUCCUCCGCACACAUCGACAACUUGUCCGAAGAUGAUGAAGGUCAAGAAGGUCCAAAUCAUCUCGGCACCUACUCGAAGCAAUACACAUUGGACCACCCUGAGAUCAAGUGGAUGCAUCGAGGUUCAGGACGCUACGUCAAAGCCGAUGACUUGAGACCCGAUUUUCCAGUCACUUCACCACGUUCGACCCGACAAGUUGCUGCGGAGCACUACCCUGUCGCGCCACCAUUCACCGAUGAGCAAUUAGACGAGCUGCACGCAAUCCUCGGCGAGCAGUUUGAUAUCCAUAGGAAGGUCAUCAAUCCAGCUUGCAAGCCGAACUGGAGCCCAACGCAAAAGUCCCAGUUCAACAGCAUCUGGGCCCUCAUCAAGCAAACCCCGAAAAGUCAAUGGCACACCUUACCUGCACUGGUACAACAGACUGGUCAUUCUGGGAUGAUUCACAAAUGGAUCGUAGCCGUCGAACAACAAAUGCCGCAAUUGGGUACGAGUGAAUCGCGCAGCCGCUUGACCCGCCAAGCCAAGACUACUUCAUAUGUGGAACAACGCCGCAGUUCACGACCUCGCAAUUCUGUCAACAACAUCUUCGAUAGCGACGACGAGGCUGGCGACGAGAGUGACGAACCAGAAGAUCAAGAAAUUAUGUCCGACAACGGGAACGAGGAACCGCCUGCGCUCAGCAUGAAUGAUACGGUGCACGCCGAUGACCUUCAUCUCUACCCUGGCCAGGCAUUCUAUCACACAGGCAACAGAUUCUAUCGCCCUGGAAUCGGUCCGCAUGGCGCACAUGGUAGCAUCGCCAUCAACGAGCACGGAGUCAAACGCAAAUACAGCGACUUCAUCGAGGAAACAAAGGCGGCAAAAGAUGAUGAUGACGAAUCGGAGCUUGCUGAUUCACGAGGAACAUUUUCAAAGGAAUACGUCCAGCGACAUCCUGAAAUCGCAUUCAAGCAUCGUGGCAAAGGAAGAUAUCGACGGUGCAGCGAUAUUGCAACAGCCUCGGCCACGCCAGUCGCAUCCUCAGAACGCCGGUCGAGUCGAGCUGACAACUCGUUCACCAAAGACUACGCAGAGAGCCACUUUAGUGAUGAGUUCACGCGCAGUGGUCGAGGGAAGCGCAACUCAAAAGCGCGCAUGGAAAUGGAGGAGUCGCUCGGUGUGCUAUUCGACAAGCAUUACGUGGACACACAUCCGAACGAGCUCUUCCACCAUCGAGGUCAAGGGAAAUAUGCACGUGGACCUCGGAAUAUCCGUGCGCCUGCCUCGAAGGAGGAAGUACCGCCGCCCGCGUCUGUCGUUGAGGAAGCUUUCGAUGAAGGACUGGUCAGCUCCCAAUACGUCGACUCGCACCCGAAUGAGACAUUUCACCAUCGUGGGCAAGGCAAAUGGGCUCGCGGUCUACCACCACCAGGAAGCUCUAACAAGACUGCGGUGCGUGGACCGGGCAGGGACGGCAUGAUGGAUGAGGAGGUGGAUGCAGAAGGCAAUCGACCGCCGGGGCUCACUGCGCUUGUGCUGAAGGUUGAUGGUCCCGAAAAGUGGCCGAAUCUCCACUGGGUGUAUCGCGGUGGUGGGAAAUGGUGCCGAACAUCGAAGGAGGAAAUCCAGAGAGCCGCGAUGCCCCCAGCUCCACCUCGCAGACCACGCACAUCAGUGUAUGCAAGAGUACGAACAAGUGGUGCCGAUGCUCAGCUCCAGCGCGAAAGUCUUGCCGCAGAAGAGUCCAUCGGUGGAACUCGCUGGAGCGGCCAGGAUACAACCAAGAGCCAGUCCUCCCCUCGCCAGCCGAAGACUUCCCGCCGGCGCGGCGUGCGCACAACCCUCGCGAACAAUGAAUCCAAAAACUCCUCCAACUCGCAAUCGAAAGCACCCACUCCCCGCCCGGCCCUCCUGUCCCCAGAAGAAGACAUCCUCACCGACAUCGACUUUCCCACCCUGUACAAACCCGACUGGACGCCGGCUGACUUAGGCGGUAAUACCGACCAAGCCAGCCGCAUUCAAGCACGGAAGUACAGAUCCAUAGUCGGUCCGGAACCAUACGUCACAGCCCUCACCAAACACGAUCCUGCUGUGCGCUCACUCUCGAACCUCAAGCUCCUCGCCGCAAACGCUCAACAAGCCCUCCUGGCCCUCCAAGCAGAGUACCUCGACCUGGACAAGAUCGUCGCAAUCCAUCCCAUGAACGGCAAGAAAGAGCGCAAACCCGUCAAAGGCGGACGGCAAACCGUCGAGCCAGCCGUCUUCGAAGACAGAAAAGAAGCACUGCUGUACGACUACACUUUCGACCCACGCAAGAUCGGGUACCAAGACCCCGAUGCACAACGCAUCAUCCGCGACGACGAAGGAAGAGAACUCCGCCGGAGGAGAAAUCGAGUCGGCGCCGACAAUUCCCUCCCAAAUGGUGUCAAUUAUGGCGACGGCGAAAUGACAGCCAAACGCACUGUGAAGCCCAUCUCCCGGUUCGACGGCGUAGUCGUGCAAGCUCCUAGGAAGAGAUCACGACUCUCGACUGCGCCGGGGAAUGAUGAGACGCCCUCUCAAUCCCGUCCUGAGACACCAGUGCAGAACGAAGCUGAAGGCGCUCGACCUUCCCGACAGCGAGGCCGAGCGGGAGAACAUGUCCCCAAGCGUAUCCGCGAAUUGAGACAUGGAAGCGUGCCGGCUUCGGGAAGGAGCGCGAGUGAAGAGUCGACGGCGCGGAUAGGAGCGAGUGUCGCUGGGAGCGUCGUCGAUGGAGAUGUGUCCGAUCCUCUCGACAUUCGGAAUCUCAUCAAUGACAACGGCAACGGAGAAGGCGAUAUGUCGGCGACCAUCAACCCCUCCAUCGAAGUCCCACCACCAAGCAAUGAAGCCUACUCCGCCAACAUCGAUGCCUUCGCCAAUAACGCUGCUGUCUCACCUGCUGGCUCUCCGGGUCCACUUGGUGAAAUGACUUCUGCCAUGAUGGUCGCUCGCAAGGGUCGCCCGCCGGGAAGUAAGAAUCUUCACAAGCGGAGGGAUGCUGGCAUCAAGAAGGGUCCUAGGAAGCCGAAGGUUGUGGGCGGUGAGGAAACUAGUACGAGCGUGGAGCCGGAUGGUGGUGGAGAUGAAUAUGGAGAUGUGAUGAUGGCUGAUGAGGGGGCGGGUACAGAGGGUGUGGAGUCACCUGUGCGUGCGCCUGCGGCUGCGGCUGGGUUUGGGAGUGGCUUUGGAGGUAUGGGGAUUGGGAUGUUGAUUUGA